UCUCUGUCCACCUUCCUCUCACAUAGCCUUUCAUAAAUAUAUUAUUGUUUAAUCUCCGGUUACUUUAGCACCUAAAACAUUCUCUUCGCUCAAGGAAACACGCCCUCUCUGCCAUGAGAGAGCUCACAGUCUCUGAAUUAGAACAGUUGAUCAACUUCAUUUUCUUUUUCUACUUUCUUCUUCUUCUCGUUUCCUCUUCCUUUUGUUUCCUUCUACUUUAUCUUCUUCUUGUUACAGUUUACGAUUUUCUUUUUUCAGAUUAGUUUCUUUCCUCUUUUUUUUUCUCUAAUCUCAAGAACCCGGAAAAACAAAAACUUAACAGUUAUCAAUUAAUAGCAGUAAUCAUGUUCUAUUCUCAUCAGCUUCUAGCUCGUAAAGCACCUCUUGGCCAGAUAUGGAUGGCCGCAACUAUGCACGCGAAAAUCAAUCGAAGGAAGCUUGAUAAACUCAACAUCAUUAAAAUAUGGUUAAGACUUACUCUUUCUAAGUCAUUUCCAUUUUUAAAUUCUGUUUCCAAUCUAUGUCGUUUAACAUCUUUUUUUGUUUACAGUGAAGAGAUUUUAAAUCCUUCUGUACCAAUGGCUCUUAGACUUUCUGGAAUUCUCAUGGGUGGAGUUGUUAUUGUUUAUGAACGAAAAGUGAAACUCCUUUACGAUGAUGUUACUCGUUUACUGGUUGAAGUAAAUGAAGCAUGGAAAGUAAACUCAGCUCCUCCAGAUCCUACUGUUCUUCCUAAAGGGAAAUCUCAGGCCAAAAAAGAAGCUGUAACUUUACCUGAAAACCAAGAUACUGACGCGGGAGAGAUUGAGCAAUCUGUUAAUUUCUCCAAUGCAAAUGCUGCAAUGGAGUUUCAACGAACAGCCUAUUUUGCAAUGCGACUUGACGAUGUGGACGAGCCCUUCAUUAACAAUGAUUCCAGGGAGGAAGACGUAUCCCAGCAACUUCAUCAAGCUGAUCCUGAACAUAUCAGAUUGUUUGAACGUUUUGAUUUAUAUCAGACACACACAGAAAUGUACAAUCGCUAUGAAAGAUUCGAUAUUGAAGAGGAGGAGACACAGCUGAACUUCACUUCAGGAGAACAUGUAGAGAUCCCAACGAGUCUCAUACCAUCCCCACCCAAACAGGAUGAAGCUCCAAGCGCUGAUGAAAUCCAAGACCGUCAAGAACAAACCAGUCGAGCAAAAGAAUGCAAGGUAACCAAACAGGAGGAUCAACAGAGGAAAGGACCAACUAAAAAGAGAAUAAAAAGGCAGGCAACCCCCGCAAUGGACUAUGAACAAACCAUUAUUCCUGGUCCUACUUACCAGUCCUGGCUUCAGAAUGCUUCCGAUAUUGUCUCAAGAAGAGGAAGAAAAAGAAAGGCACGCAGGGAUAUCAUGUCUAAAAUGAAGACAGCUAACCUCAUGGAGCUGCCACCUCUGGUACUUAUUGAUGAUUUAUCUGCAAAUGCAAAUGGAGAAAUAUAUUAUCCAGCACCCCUUUUAGAGCUUUGGAUGAAAAGUACCCAACCCCCCCAUGACUCACCUUCUGCAAGGACUUCUGCGCCUCUGCCUCCAGAACCAUCAUCAUCAUCACCGCUAGAGAGAGGAGAUUACCAAGACCCAACAGGAUAUCCCUUUGAAGACUUUCAGAGUGGAAUUGGCUCCGAGUCACUGGGUGCCAUAGAGAAACAGCGGAAAACCAUCAUCAAUGAAGUGAUGCCAAUGGAAACCCUCAUGAAUGAAUUAAGAAGCAAACUUGUUAACAAUGGUAGCAAGACAACUGAGGCCAAUUUGGUAACACCUGGAAAUUCUGGAGAUGAAGUAAGAUCCAUUCCAAGCUCAGGAUCAGGACACGGUAUGCCGUCCCAUCAGUCAGAAGUCCAUUCAGCAAGGAAAAGGCCUUAUUCCGGAUCUAGACACAGUGGUAGUAGCCUUGAACCAGUGGAAGAAGAGAAUUCAUGGCAGUUUCCUGAUCCAAAUUUCAAGUUAGCCAGGCUGUCUGAGAAGGACCUAACACCUGAUCAAGAAUUAUUGGUCGAAACUGGACCUACCCAAACUCAGAAGCCGAUCAUCAAUCCGCCUGUGGAUAAGAUGACUGACACCAUCCGAAUGCAGAUGAAAACACAUUUUGAAACGCCAGGAGCCCCUGCAGUAGAAUCCUUGAACAACUUAGCUGCUGGGAUGAACCGAAAAGGAGCAGCAAUGCUCUUUUAUCAAACUUGUGUCCUUGCUUCUCGUGAUUGCCUACGAGUUGAACAGAAAGUGCCUUAUGGGGAGAUUCUAAUCUCUAGAGGAGAAAAAUUGUGAUAUAAGCUUAUUGUCUGGGGAAAAACCUGAACUUAAACACUAGUGCUGAAUUAUCACAGUGAAAAUAUUAGAUUGAGAGAUUUUCUUAUUUUCUUUUUAACCUUUCUCUUGCUUCUUGCAUUAAAAACCUGAUCAUAUAUUCUUUCUACUUUUACCCCAAUAUUUUUUUUUUUUCCACAUCCUUUUGAAUGGCUCUCUCCCUCCUGUAAAUUUCUAACUUGCCACUGCAUUUAUGGCCCAUAGUUUGUAAUUUCUGAAUGUUAAUUGGUAAUUAAAGUUAUUAGCAUUAGUUGCAAGUCAUUGUUUCCUUUA